GACGUCGAGUUCUCUCCUAGCCUCGGCGAGGAGCUCGUUCAAAGCUGGAUCGAGACCGAGAGGACUUCCGGUCUGCUCAGCUUGUUCUCUCUGCUGUCUGGCUAGAACGGCCGGACAAUGGCGGUGCCCAACAAUUUAUUUAUGCACAACUUGUACCACGGAAUCUCGAGUUUGGAGCCAUCAUCUAAAGCGGCGAAUGUUGCAGCAUAUAACGGCGGAACAUCGAGCUUGUUCGGGGCGUUUUUCCUUUUUCUGCAACUGGCUUUGGGUCAAGCAAACCAACAGCCGAGGCCUAUCUAUCUAUAUAAGAGAGUGCGAAACCUCCUAGCCGGGCAACACUUUUUUUCGAUUCGAUGAGUAUAUACAUCUUAAAACUUAAUAGCUAGUUUGUCCGCUCCCUUUGGACACGACAUCAUGAGUAUGAUGAUGGCUUGCUUUACUUUUUUUCUUUCUUUUCUCGU